AGCAGAAGCGCUUAGCGAGGAAAACCAUACACUGAAAACGAACCUAGCCGCCACCUCGGGCCUGAUGGCGCGGACACUCACGUGCCCCACCCCCUUCUUCCCGGCGCCUGUGCGGAAGGGGCGGGGCGUAGCGCUAUGACUACGAGCACGUGGCCCACCGAGAGCCCUCACGUCCCGCCCCCAACACCGCCGCCUCCUCCUCUCGGAAAAGACAGCUGAGGUCUGAGACGAUGACCCGCCUCUGCGCUCUGCGGCAUCGUGUGACGUCACAUGGGGCGGGGCCUCGGCGCCGAGCGAAGGGUGGGACCAAGGCCGAGAGCCUAAUUACGCCACUCACACAUGGAGAAGUGCUAACCGGACAGCGGUACUAGCCAAUCGCAAUCAGUCUUCUGAAGGGAGACUGGGGUGGAGACUUCGGAUACUGCAGUUGCAGCUCUAAGAACAGAUAGAAUUGGCUAUGGAUAAUUCAUAUGAUUUCAAUCAACGAAGCUCAUGUAAUGGAAUUCCAUCUGAGAAGAUAAACAGUUGCCUUGUGUCAGAAGAUCAUGGACAGAAAAUCUUGAGUGUACUACAGAAUUUUAGAGAACAAAAUGUCUUUUAUGAUUUCAAAAUAAUCAUGAAAGAUGAAAUAAUCCCAUGUCAUCGGUGUGUGUUAGCAGCAUGCAGCGACUUUUUCAGGGCUAUGUUUGAAGUAAACAUGAAAGAAAGAGAUGGUGGAAGUGUUACUAUUACUAAUUUGUCCUCCAAAGCAGUAAAAGCAUUUCUUGAUUAUGCCUAUACUGGAAAAACAAAGAUAACAGAUGAUAAUGUGGAAAUGUUCUUCCAGUUGUCAUCAUUUCUUCAAGUUUCCUUCCUAUCCAAAGCUUGCAGUGACUUUUUAAUAAAAAGUAUUAAUAUUGUCAAUUGUUUACAGUUGUUAUCUAUAUCAGAUAGCUAUGGCUCUACCCGUUUAUUUGAUCAUGCAUUAUACUUUGUACAACAUCACUUUUCUUUAUUAUUUAAAUCCAGUGAUUUCUUAGAGAUGAAUUUUGGAAUACUGCAAAAAUGUCUGGAAUCAGAUGAAUUAAAUGUUCCCGAAGAAGAAACUGUACUGAAAGUUGUCCUUAGUUGGACUAAAUAUAACUUAGAAUCAAGGCAAAAGCAUCUCCCUUAUUUGAUUAAAAAAGUAAGAUUACAUCAGUUAUCUGAGGAGACACUUCAAGACUGUCUGCUCAAUGAAGAGUGUUUACUCAAAAGCACAAACUGUUUUGACAUAAUCAUGGAUGCAAUUAAGUGUGUGCAAGGUUCUGGUGGACUUUUCCCUGAUGCUCGACCAUCCACAACCGAAAAAUAUAUAUUUGUUCACAAAACUGAGGAAAAUGGAGAAAAUCAGUAUACAUUUUGCUAUAAUAUUAAAACCGAUUCAUGGAAAAUACUGCCACAAUCACACCUGAUUGAUUUGCCAGGAUCUAGUCUGUCGAGUUAUGGAGAGAAAAUAUUCUUGACAGGUGGUUGUAAAGGGUCAUGUUGUAGAACGGUUCGACUUCAUAUUGCAGAGUCAUAUCAUGAUGCCACAGAUCAAACCUGGUGCUACUGUCCAGUCAAAAAUGAUUUCUUCCUUGUAUCAACUAUGAAAACACCAAGAACCAUGCAUACGUCAGUUAUGGCUCUCAAUAGAUUAUUUGUCAUAGGUGGAAAGACUACAGGAUCUCAGGACAUUAAAAGUCUCUUAGAUGUUGAAUCUUACAACCCUCUUUCCAAAGAAUGGAUGUCUGUUAGCCCAUUACCCAGGGGCAUAUACUAUCCUGAAGCAAGCGCAUGCCAAAAUGUAAUUUAUGUUCUUGGCUCAGAGGUAGAGAUUACAGAUGCCUUUAACCCAUCACUUGAUUGUUUUUUUAAAUACAACGCUACAACUGAUCAGUGGUCUGAAUUAGUAGCAGAGUUUGGGCAGUUUUUUCAUGCAACGCUAAUUAAAGCUGUCCCAGUAAAUUGCACACUGUAUAUAUGUGACCUUUCCACCUAUAAGGUUUAUAGUUUUUGUCCAGAUACUUGUGUUUGGAAGGGUGAAGGGUCAUUUGAAUGUGCAGGCUUUAAUGCAGGUGCAGUAGGAAUUGAAGAUAAAAUUUAUAUACUAGGUGGUGAUUAUGCUCCAGAUGAAAUCACAGAUGAGGUGCAGGUUUACCACAGCAGCAGGUCUGAGUGGGAAGAAGUGUCCCCAAUGCCAAGAGCCUUAACUGAAUUCUACUGCCAGGUGAUUCAGUUUAACAAAUACAGGGACCCAUGGUUUUCUAAUCAUUUCUAAAAGUAGUGUGUGCUUAGACAUUCUAAAAUUAUUAGAGCUCUAGAAACCACAAUGAAUUUGUUAAUAGUUGGUAAAAAGGUCUUUACAUCUUAGUAAAAUAAAAUGUACCUUCUAUUAGAGAAUGACCGGUACUAUGAAUGUACACUGUUAUGAAUUAGCAGUUCCAAGAAACUUAAAUACAAAAUACAUUUUACCAAAAAUAUACUGAAUAUAAUUUAAUCUUGGAUAAUCCAGGAUACUUAGUAUUUUCAUAUGUAAAUAAAACUCAUAGGCUUUGAUGUUUUAAUUUUUAAAGUACUUUAUCCAUGAAAGACAGUAAAAACAAGUACAAAGUUCACAGAUUUGUACUAUUUAGAUGGGGGAAAUCUCUUUAGGUAGUAAAAAUGAAUUACUUACAUUCUGUAUGAAGUGAAAAAUAAAUUAGAAAGAGGUGAUAAUCCUAUCUUAUUAGUAGAGGUAGAGUUGUUGAAUUCCUAUCCUUUCUGAUUGUUCAACUUCUUUUAAAUCCAUUUUUUUCACCAUUGUUUGGUCAGAAAAUGUUCUAAAAUUCAGUGUAAUUCCCCAGCCUGCUACACUAAACAUGGCUUAACUCUUUUUAUGAUUCAACUCUUCAUUAAGAGUGUAAUGUACCAUGUUAUGAUUCCAUAAUGACAUCAGUUACUGAAAUGCUUUUAAAAUUGCUGAUUCUAUUAGUUCUCAGUGUUUGUUGGUUUCAAUUUCUGGCAGUAUCAUUGUAUCUCCUUAUUUUCUGGCUCAAGCUUGGUAAAUUAACAUUAUUGAUUUAAUUAUUAGUUCUAAGUUACACCUGACCCGAUUUUAUGUUAACAUGUAAUCCAUUGAGUGAAGUUCUUGGAUUUCUGGGAUGGAAGUGCUAAAAUACUUUUUCUGUAUCAUUGCCAAGUUCCAGCAUAAUUGAGGAUGUAGAAAACCUGACCAUUAGAUAAGUGAAUCAUUAUCGUUGCAUUUCUUACUCUUUCAAAUGUCCACACUGGGUUGCAGUAAGGAAUUUCAGCUUUAAAUUAGUACCAUAUCAGUUCCCUGUGAUGAUACAUAUCAACUGUAAAGGACCAUGUUGGUUUACUGCUUUAGUAAAUUAUUCAUAGUGAAUUAUUUUCUAAAUUUAAAACAAAUGACUGGGCUUCUGGUAGUAUUCACAACCUACAUCCGUUUAAUCAUCUUUAACAUAAACAAUGGAAGAGUAUCAAUCAUCCUGUUCUCAGCUAGGAUGAUUCUGCUUUGCAAAAGGAUAUGCUUUAUUUAAUCAGUUCAAAAGAUAUAAGCAUUUUAGGUUUUAAAAACCCUGAUUUACAACUCAGGUAAUGUGUAGAUUGGAUUUCUCUGGAUUUCUCUGGAAUCAAAUGUAGUUUCCCACACUCUAGUAAAUGUUCAUUUGUUGUAAAUGUGCAUAUUCUUUUAAAGUACUUUCCAAAGUGGAAAUAUACCUCAGUGAAAGUUCUUUUACCAUAUAAAUAAAUGUAUGCAAUCAUAAGUUUCAAAUAUAUUUUUCAAAAUAGAACAGCAUAUUAGACUUCAUUAUGCGAUUCCAAAAUCAGGGACUGUCCCUAAUCAGAUGACAGUUGCAUAAAAAAUGUUCUGUAGAAUUGGUGGCCUUCCUCUUUCCCUACCUUAGUUGUCUCUGCCCUUUUGUGUGUGUGUGUGUGUGUGUGUGUGUGUGUGUGUGUGUGUGUGUGUGUGU